AUGGACAAUCCUUUCCAUGAUGCUUUGGAGGAAACGAAGAGUGGGUUUUAUACAGUUGAUGCUGUAUCACUCUACCGAUCAUCCAAGAAGCCUUUUCAUUUAGAAGAGAGAUUCAAGCGGGAUCUAAAUAUACAGCAACAAAAAAAGAAAAAGAGCAUUCACCAAGUCGAGUCAAAACGAGAAGCUAUUCUGCAAGAAAGAAGAAACAGACUGAACCAGAAUUUCCAAAAAGUACAACAGAUUGUCAAAGAAACCAAAGACAAGCGACAAGACAUGAUUAACUUGUUAUCAAAAACAAUGGCCAUGGCUGAAUUCAAUCGAAACCUCUAUAUCGAACAGAGAAGGAACAAUUCGAAAAAGAUUGUUGAGAGAGCAAAGCGUGUGGCACUUCAAAACCAGGAAAGGUCUGAGCAGGAGCAAGAGAGACGUAGAGCUGAACUUGAAAGCAGAUUAGUAAAGACUGAAGAAAGACGAUUGGCUCACUUAAACAGAUAUAAACAGCAGAAAAAGAAAAAAUCCAUUUCUUCCUCUUCUUCAUCUGAAUCUGAUAUGCCUAGUAUGUCUACUACAACAAAGAAAAUUGCGACACCUCCUUUAUCUCCAUCCUUAUCAGCACCUAAAAAGAAGCCUUCCUCUUGGUCUAUCAUAUUAAAAGCUUUCAAAGAGUUGGGUUUGCCUUUGCCUUCUUCACCUGAUACAUGGCUUGAAUUCAAUGCACUUGUCCAAUUACUUCAUCAGCCCAAAGUCAUUGUAAUCACAACCAAAGUACUCAAUACAGCCCUCAAAAUCACAGACGAAGAAAGCAGACACCGUGCUCGUGUGCUCUUAACUUCUUACAUGACACUUAUGUGCCCUAAAGAAGUAAUACAAAACGUCGAUGGUCCAGAAGAAAAGCGUCUACAUGCAGCCGCUCAAGAGAUGCUUCAAUUAUUUGAGACUUGGUUGCGAGCGCAUGGACGUCCUGGUGCUACGGCUGCUCGCCUAGCUUUUGUGAAUGCCUGGAAUGAUUACAACUUGCUUUUUGAGUCUUGGAAGUCAAGAGACUGCGACCAACUUGUCAAGAAUAUGAUUAAUUAUUAUGUAGAACUCUCUACUCUUCGUCAGACAAUGAUUGCACAAAGCUAUGGGGAUCAAUCUGUGGGUGAGCAAUUACAACAGCAACUGGAACAAGUCAAGAUAAAAUUGAAGAAAAUCGGUGGAAAUGAUGCACUUUCCAGUCUGCAAAGAGCGUUAGAAUUGGCUGCUUCAUCCACUUCAACUGGUAGAAGAAAGCAACAGCAGAUCAACACACCCCGUUCCUCAGAUAGUUUUGAGCAAAAGCAGCCCACUACAUCAGCUCAUCCUAAACAAAUGAAUCAGUUGCUUGAUGGAUUUGUUCAGCCUUCGCUUGGUUUGACAAAUGAACAAUUGGCGCAUGAAUUAAUUCUGGAUCCCGAAUUCAAGUUGGAAAAGCACGAGCCUACUGAUGAAUUAGAAAAGCGGGUUAGGACAAUAGCUGAAAAGGCAUUCUUCGACAAACUGGAACAAGAUAUUGAACAUCAUCAGUCCUAUGAAGCGCUACUUUCCUUGAUUCAAGAUGUUAAGAUGCGAUUACUUUCACUUGUUCGACCUCAUACUUCAAUGCAUCGACAAAUCAACGAAGCUAUUGACUUGAAUCUAAUUGAGCAACAAAUAAAGCAGCGGUCGUUUGAUAUGCAAGCUAUGAUUGAUUAUGUUCUCCAGACCAUGUCCAACAUGUGUGCUCCUGUUCGAGACAGUGAAAUUCAAGACACCAAAUCUAUGAGCAUUAUAGACCAAAUGAAAUCGAUACUUGCCAUACUUGACAACAUGAAUCUUGACCUUGCUAAUUUUAGACUACGUUCCUUACGCCCACACCUCAUGAGCAUGGCUGUCGAAUACGAACGUGAGAAAUUUGCCACUAUGAUUAACCAAGGCACAAUUCAAUUGGUCCGUACAAAAGCAUGGCUGACAGAGUCUACAGAAAGAUUAUGUCAAGCAGUUGCCCAACGUAACCCCGAAAAUGUAUUGCCAGAAAAGAACAACAAACCUUCGCAUGAUGCUGUGUUUGAGGAUGCAUUUGUCUCUCUUUUGACGAAAGCACAACCUGUGAUCCGUACACUACAUGAUUUACCAGAGACUUUGGCGUUGGACUUGCAGCGUAUGGCCAAAUAUCAAAAUGAAGUCCAGGCAAUUACGAUGGUGGCUGCCUUAUUGAUGCUUGCCAGGAAUUUCGGAUCCGCUCAACCUCAACAGUUAUCAGAAUUGGCUAUCAAGUUAUUUACAAUGUUGGAAGACAGCACAACAUCCAUUGACCAUCUUUCUACAGAAAUCGAACGAUCAGUGAAUGUGCGACCUGAACGACGAGUCAUGGUUCGUACCAUGGUUGACAAGACAGUUAGUCAUUCAGACACAGUGUAUUCUCUACUUUCUCGACGAGUUGCUUCUGUGAUCAAGUACACAAUUCAGAAUAACAAAUUUGUUUCUGACGCAGUUCUCUCAAGCAAUGGAUUAGAACCAGUACGUAGUCAUUUGCAGUCUAUCUCUCUUAAGGUCCAAAGACUGGCAAGUCAUCAUAGAAAAGUGUACUCAGAAUGGUAUGAUGAGAUCAUUGCUGAAGUAUUGAAUAGUCAAUAA